AUGGAUCCAGACCACUCUUCUCACUCGCUAGACAAAACAGCAUUGAACUGCAAGUUUUGCCACCGUGGAUUUCGCCGCUUAGAACAUUUACAGCGUCACACGCGAAUACACACAAAUGAAAAGCCAUUCAGUUGCCCAUGUGGUGCUCUUUUUUCGAGAAAAGAUCUUCUCAGGCGCCAUGAACGUGCCUCGCACGAUGAUUUGAAGCAUCCUGUGCAGCCGCCAGUUUCUAACAAUAGCCUGACAAGCCACCUGCAAGAUCAUAGCAUAUUCAAUUAUCCUAGCCCGGAAAGUCGACAAACAGGAGAAUAUGUUUCAUCACUCGGCUCCCAACGCCCGGUCUCCCAAGAGACAUGCUCACGGCGAUCAUCAAUAAGGUGUGCUAUCAAUGCUUGA